AUGGCCUUCAUUGCUCGAAGUUCCAGAGUAGUGGUUAUUUCAGAUGGACAGUUGGAUAAUAAGCAGUCAGUCAGAGCUGAGUCUAUUAUUGCAUCAGAUAUGUCAACAGAGCAGAUUUUACGAUAUACUGAUACUCUGGCAAUAGACUACAGCCAAUCCUCCACCUCUACUAUGGAGCACCGAGAUGCUGUUUUUAAACCUCUGACUGCCAAAAGAACCGUCGAGACGGCGUCCCGCCCUCCUCUGACUCUGAUUGGCCGUGAUUCACGGCCCAUGUACCUGAAACAAACCAAUCAAACCAACGAUGGCAGCAAGUAUUACCCAGAGCCAUUACCCAGUGUUCUGCUGUAUGAGACUUUGGCAUGGGAAGUGAGAAUGCCAACAGAAAUUCAUGGCCUCAAAGGUUCCUGUCUGGUUAUACCGUGCUCUUACUCUUACUAUUCAUACCCACCUACUAACCCACGUAGAGUUGUGUGGUAUCAGUAUGUGUGGAGUGGCUACCCUAUAGUUUAUGAUCCCAGGUAUCCAGACAGUGUCAUUGACAAGUUCAGAGGAAAAACUGAUAUAUAUAGGCCUAAAAACUCAUAUCUGGAUUGUAGUCUGCUGAUCAAAAGUGUGAAUCCGUCCCACAAUGGAGAAAAAUUAUUUGCAUGGAUUGACCCAGAAAAUAUUGGAAAGAGCACCUAUAAGUUUUAUGAUGUCACCUCCACGAUUAUUGUUGACACAAAUCCACAGCACCCCAUCAUUAAUAUUUCUGGAGGUUUAAAGACCGGUGACAGCAUUACAGUAGCGUGUUACACCUUACACACCUGUCCAUUCAGAAAACCAAACAUCGUUCUGAAGGGUAUUGAAGGAUCUGAUAAAAUAGAUGAUGUUGAUAUCAAAACUGGUCAAUGGAAAACCACUCUGACACGCACCGGUGUUGUGAAGACUGAAAGCUUAGAUAUUGAGUGUACUGUAACACAUCAUGGAGGCAUAACAACAAGAGCUACAAAAUCACAAAGUGCAAAAUGUGUCCAUUAUAAUAUAACCAUUGAGCCUAAACAGGCAGCAGAUAUCAUAAAGGGUGUUGAUAUGAACUUCACUUGUACCGUCCACCAUUCCUGUCAGAAGAAUCCUCCGAUCCUCUCCUGGAACUAUGAGAACAUGUCGGUCAAAGAUGGAAGGAAACAACUUACAGGGUUAAAUGAUCUGUAUGCAGCUGUGGCAGUCAAAACUUCCCCUAAAGCCCGUAUACCAUCACCAAAGAGGUUGGAGCUAAACUUUGCAGAGACACCGGCCUUCCAGGAGCAGGAUUGGUGA